UCGGAUUUGCUUAUAAAAAUGUUUGGAUUUACGUAUAAUAAUAAUCGAAGUGCAUUUUACUGUAGUCUUGUGUGAAUUACUAUGUUAUUAGCAGCAUUUUUUUCUUUAAAUUUAUGUUGAAUUUGUAUGAGAGUAUUUCAAACUGAAUUUUAAUAAGGUUAAAGCAUGGAUGUUAAGAUCUAACUGCACUAAGUACAAGAGCACAGCUUCUUAACAGCGUCCAUGUUGUUGGAAUUCAUCAGCUGCCAAAAUGGGUACCAGCUCACAAGUGCAAAACAAGCUCAUCAACAGUAAUCGCUCCAGGCGCAAUGCAAACGAUUUUAUAUUCGGAAAACUAAUCGGAGAAGGCAGCUUCAGCGUAGUGUAUCUAGCAAAGGAUAUUCACACAUCGAAGGAAUAUGCCAUUAAGGUGUGUGAAAAGCAGCUUAUCGUGCGGGAAAAAAAACAGGAAUAUGUGAAGCGUGAACGUGAAGCUCUAAAUAUUCUAAGCGGAUCACAAGGAUUUUUAAGUCUGUACUGUACUUUUCAAGACACCAGCAAACUGUAUUUUGUUAUGACUUAUGCAAAAAAUGGAACCCUAUUACAAUUGUUGGAAAAAGCCAAGAUUUUUGAUACUGCAGCUGUAAAAUUUUAUUCUGCAGAAAUCUUAUUGGCCAUCGAACAGAUGCAUAACAAUAAUAUUAUACACCGGGAUUUGAAACCAGAAAAUAUAUUACUAGAUGAAAAUUUUCAUACUAUGAUAGCAGAUUUCGGUUCAGCCCGUAUUGGAGACACAGAAAUAGACUAUAAUAGCAGUAAUGAUAGUGAAAAAGAAAAAUCUGAUUCGGAUUCAGAUGAAGGAAAAAAGUGUCAGAAAUAUUUGAAACACAAACGGGGCAGCUUUGUUGGUACAGCGCAGUAUGUAUCGCCAGAAAUAAUAAAAGGAAAGCCCUCAAAUAGAGCUUCAGAUCUCUGGUCGCUGGGAUGUAUUAUUUAUCAGUUGGUAGCAGGUGUUCCACCUUUUCGUGGGCCAAACGAUUAUUUAAUUUUUCAAAAAAUUACCAAAUUGGAAUUAGAAUUUUCCAGUGAUUUUGACGAUGGAGCAAAGGACUUAGUCUCAAAAUUGUUAGUUCUAGACCCAAAAAAUAGGUUAGGUGCGGAGGACAAUUUACCUUACGCUAGCAUACGGAAUCAUUACUUUUUUGAAAAAAUGGAUUUUCCUGGCAUACGCAAUGCGAUUCCGCCGAUUGUACAUUCAUCAAGCAGCAGAGUAGAUACCAAGGAUGAUUAUGAAAAUGAUGGAUUUAAUUUUCCAGAUCACAUAACACCAGGUCUAGAUGAUAAACACUUAACUAGACUGAUGGGUUUAGAACUUGGAGCAUCUCCUGAUGUAGCAGGCUCAUCAUCGAGAGUUAAAAGUUUAAAUAAUAUAGGUGACAUUGAUAGAAUAUCUAAAUUAGAAAAACAAAAAUCCGACCCAUGGAACCAGUUUGUAGAAGGCGAAAUGAUUCUGAAACAGGGGUUUGUAAAUAAACGUAAAGGAGCCCUCUAUGUACCGAGACGGCGAAUGUUACUACUCACUGCAGGACCCCGAUUAAUUUAUGUAGAUCCAGUGCAGAUGGUAAAAAAAGGCGAGAUCCCUUGGAGUGAAGAACUAAGAGUUGAGGCAAAAAAUUUCAAAAUUUUUUUUGUGCAUACGCCUCAUCGAACAUAUUACUUAGAAGAUCCACAAGGAUACGCGUUGAAGUGGUGUCAAGCAAUAAAAGAAACUUACGAUAAAAAGUAUGGAAAAUAAGUGUAGUUUUUUUUUUCAUUUUUACAAAACAUAUAAUAUAAUAGG